AUGAGGGACCAGGCAAUCACCUUGCUGUCAGCAGCUCUAAGACAUGUUAGGGUGCUAAUCAACACAGUGCCAUGGCCCAAAGAGAGCUUAGAGGCAAUAUACAAGUGGGUGGAGGACUGGGAUCAGACUUGGGCUGGCAUCUACUUGUGGUGGAAGUACAUUGAUGAGAACAAGAUCUCCAUCCUGAAGGUGCAUGAUGCCAACCUAUGUGACAUGACUGAAGAAGCCACAAUACAGCAGAAUGAUGUGAUCCCAGUGGCUAUAGCAAUAGCGGAUCUUCAGCAGCCAGAAGGGCAGCAUAGAUUCAACAUCAAUGACCUUUUUGAGGACCACCAGAAGUGGGUAGAGGAGAGAAUGCAGUUGGAGGCUGAGAGGUUGGCCAAGGCACUGUCCAUGUGCACCCAGGGCCAAGCAGCAAGAGGUGAGGGUCAAGAUUGCAUGCCAGAAGACACCAAAGGAUACCCAUCAAGAGGAGCUGCAUGUUUGACAGGGGGGGGCUCUGGUAGCAUGAGCAAGGGAAAAGGGAAACAGAAGGCCACCAGUGAGGAGGACAAGCUGGCUGAUGACAUUGACAAUGAUGAGGGUGAAGGUGAAGGUGAAGGCAAGCCAGGUCCUUCCACAAAGGGACCUUGCACAGCUGGAGACAAUGAGCCCUGUGAGACAUGUGCCCAGGUGAACCUUGUGUGCAUUGGGGAGCCAGAGUCAUCCUGCAAAUGGUGCAGGAAGGCAAAGCACAAGUGCUCAUGCUCUCAUGGAGUAGGGAGAAAGCAAAAGAACUCUGGUACCAUUGGGGAGGCAGGGCUGUCCCACAAACAAGUCAAAUCAAUUACAACCUUGAAGGUGGCCCCAGCAGAACCUGUGACUGGACCCACUAAGAAACUCACUCUGAAAAUUCCACCUUGA